GGCUGUUCUCAUGGUCACUGCAGAAAACGGAAAAAUUCGAGAGAGGGAGACUGUGGUAGACGCCUGGCCCCCUUGGUAUUUAUCGGAGGAAAUCCCGCGGGAAGACGAGGACGAGGAAGUCCCUGUGUCUGUGGGAAGAGAGAAGCAGCAGCAGCAGGGCCCUGGCCUCUUUAACAGUAACGAGGGCCCCUAUUUGUUUUCUGAACCGUUGAUCCAAGCUAACGAAGGCCCUGAUUCGUUGCUCCGCUCCGACGAGGGCCGCGACUGGUACCCCGGUGAUGCUGCUAGCCACGAUCCGUACCCCGCUGGCGGGAACUUGGACCAGGCCGCCAACGCCAUCACCGACGGCACCUUCGACGACGUGACUAAUGCUGUGUUGACAGACUUGGGCGUUCAUUGUAGCCAUGUUGACAGACUGGAGGCGAUCAUUGAAGCCGUGAUGACAGACUGGGGCGUUCAUUGUAGCCGUGAUGACAGACUGGGGGCGAUCAUUGAAGCCGUGUUGACAGACUGGGGCGUUCAUUGUAGCCGUGAUGACAGACUGGGGGCGAUCAUUGUAGCUGUGUUGACAGACUGGGGCGUUCAUUGUAGCCAUGUUGACAGACUGGAGGCGAUCAUUGUAGCCGUGAUGACAGACUGGGGCGUUCAUUGUAGCCGUGAUGACAGACUGUGA